AUGAUUACAUCGCACAAAACUUCCGACGUUGCUAGCCACGACCACAAGUCUCUGUCGAGUACAGGGAAAACUGUUUAUACCGAUGCGACGGAAGGUCUUCCAUCCAGUGAGAAAUCGUCUUCGUCCAGUCUACCGUAUUCAUUCUAUGAACUUCCAGGAUCUCAGCAUUCUGGUAGCGAUCAAUCGCAAGGAGGUUUAGAGCUGUCACAAUACGACGGGGCUGGAGCGUCGCGACAAGCCAGUAGGGGCGCUUAUCACUCUAUUCGUCUGCAUGGAUAUCGUGCACCGGCUUCGCCAUAUCCAGAACAAUCUCGAGUGCCAACCUCCCCUACUCCACAACCCAACCCUAGAGGACAUUCGGGACUUUCUCCAUUGCCUGUGCAUCCAUACAGCCGAUCAUCGAGUGGGCAAUACAACUUCCGGCCAUCUAUCGACUUAUUGACUUCAGAUGACAUCCUCGGGGCAGACCAGGAUGCUUUGACGGCAGCCCAGCGUAAUACACCAUCUCCACUGGACCUUGUGCAGGAACGAGCAACUUCACAUAUGCAUCGCAUAUCUGCUCAGAUGCAGGCCAAUAGGACACGUAGCGCUGCGAUGCCUCGACCAGGGUCUCGUUUACAGCGCUCUGGCGAGUUCGUACUAUCGGCUCAACAGCGAACGAUGCUUGAUGGUUCCCGCUGGCAGCCUGUCAACAGUGGUCGUGAUCGAUCCACCGUUGGAGGCCGCCAGCAAAUACCUUAUGGAAUGCAGCAAUACCGCUACCCUUCAGAUCGACAAGUUACUGUGCAAGAGCCUCCUAGCAACCGUGGGGUUCUUUUCAAUCCUCGAGCUAACCAGCGUUCGAGUGAAAAUGUUCCCGUGAGCAAUUCCACACUGGACACCCACCCGCGUGCUUUCAACGAUACUGCCAGACAAGAUGGAGUUCCAGGCACAUCCCCCAACAUACCCAAUGUAGAAGUACGGAAUACCGAUCAUGUCGCUGGCAAUCUUGCCAUACCAUUAUGCUACAGCUUACCACAGCCUCCACGACCACGCGACACCUCCAAUCGUCCGCAUAUGGUGACUUCGCGCUCUCCCCACCCGUUUGGUGGAUCGGAUGGCGGACUGUCUGAUCCUGUAGGUUCCAUUCAGAUGGAAGCACACACGCAUCCAGUAAAUAUGAUCAGGGGGCCUCGAAGCCAGCCCCCGCGCUUUGCCAGACCGGAGGAUCGAAGCGUGCACUUCGCAGCCAGGCGAGCUCGCCCUACCCUCCGCCUUGUAUCGCCUAUAUAUCGUUCAUCAGCAGUCCCGCCGGCAUAUCUGUUCCAGCGUCCACUGUCUCGCGGUCCUCCGUCUACAUCUACCACACUGGAUGUUGCUGAGGGCGUCACUAGUCGCCAUCCUCCUCCCCCGGGCGUUCCUUCCAUGGUGUCGCACAAUGUAACGAGCCCGACGAAUGUGGCGGUGAACAACAGGAGAAUACCCGUGCAGCAGCAGGAUCAAGAGAAUCGGGGUGAGUUGGAAAGGGAGAUGGAGGUUAUGCGAGAAGAGCUUGCGGCGGUGGGAGUCAGGUAUGGUGAUAACGAUGGAAGACAGGAGAGAAUGGAUGAGACGCCCCCCAGGAUUGGCAGGAUCGAGAGGAGGAUGGGGAAUUGAGGCAUCAUCUCGC